AUGGAUUAUGCUGGUGAUGACUUUGAGAUGGGUGACAGAGAGGAGGACAUGUAUUUUGGUGGUGGUGGGCUGAUGGCAGAGUCGGAGUCUGAUGAGGAAGGCGAGGAUGGAUAUGGCCAAUUGGGCACUAAGAUUACAGAUACGUCUGCUGCUGAUGCGCGGAAAGGGAAGGACAUCCAAGGAAUUCCAUGGGAGAGGUUAAGCAUAUCCAGGGAGAAGUAUAGGCAGACUAGAAUAGAACAGUACAAGAAUUAUGAGAAUAUUCCACAAUCUGGAGAGGGAUCAGAGAAGGACUGCAAGUUAACGAGGAAAGGAGGUGUGUAUUACGAGUUCUGGCAGAACACAAGAUCUGUAAAAUCAACCAUUCUUCAUUUUCAGUUGAGGAAUUUGGUCUGGUCGACCUCAAAGCACGAUGUUUACCUCGUGUCUCAUUAUUCAAUAAUUCAUUGGUGCUCGUUGAAUUCCAAGAAGACUGAAGUUCUUAAUGUCUCCGGUCAUGUGGCUCCCAGUGAGAAACACCCGGGAAGUUUACUGGAAGGAUUUACUCAGACACAAGUUAGUACUUUAUCAGUACGUGAUAAUCUGUUGAUUGCUGGAGGAUAUCAAGGGGAGCUAAUUUGCAAGGAUCUUGAUCGACCUGGUGUUAGCUUUUGUACGAGGACAACUUAUGAUGAUAAUGCUAUCACAAACGCGAUCGAUAUAUAUAACGGUCCAAGUGGUUCUGUUCAUUUUACAGCUUCAAAUAACGAUUGUGGAGUACGGGAUUUUGACCUGGGGAAAUUCCAGCUUGUCAAACAUUUCUCAUACCCAUGGCCUGUAAAUCAUACAUCGCUUAGUCCAGACGGCAAAGUCAUUGCAAUUGUUGGGGAUAAUCCUGAUGGGAUGUUAGUUGAUUCACAAACUGGCAAGACAAUUGCGCAAGUUCGUGGGCACCUAGAUUUCUCUUUUGCGUCCGCAUGGCACCCGAAUGGGCACAUAUUUGCCACCGGGAACCAAGACAAGACCUGUCGAGUGUGGGAUGCUCGGAACCUUUCCCAAUCGGUGGCCGUGCUCAAGGGCAACCUUGGAGCCAUCCGGUCCAUCCGCUUCUCGUCUGACGGCCACUUCAUUGCCACCGCCGAGCCGGCUGAUUUUGUCCACGUGUACGAUGUAAGAAACGGGUACGAGAAGGAGCAGGAGAUCGACUUUUUCGGGGAGAUUUCGGGGGUCUCGUUUAGUCCUGACACGGAAUCUCUCUUCAUAGGGGUGUGGGACCGUACGUACGGUAGCCUCUUGCAGUACAAUCGGUGCAGAAGCUACUCGUACCUCGACUGGUUCUGA